AUGCCCAGACUCUUCUCGAGCGCCGCCAGAGCAGGCAACAAGGCGGCCAAAGAGGCCGCCACCCCGGCCUACGGGUCGUUCAAGACGUUCGCCGAGUACCGGGAGUUCAUUGUGCAGAAGGACCCGGAGCACUUGGCGGCCCGGUUCAAGAUCAUGAUGUCGAACGGCAAGCCGGAGCAGUGUCCGGAGGCCGAGGCCGAGAACCACGUGUUUGGCGACGUGGCCAAGAAGGUGGCCUACAACGUCUGA